AUGGCUGGAACAGCUUCCAUGCUUUGCUUGAUCAUCCUUACUCUCUUCAUCCCACCGCUAGGCGUUUUCCUCAUUUCAGGUUGCAGCGUCGACUUCCUUAUCAAUAUUCUCUUGACGAUACUAGGCUAUCUGCCCGGCCAUAUUCACGCAUACUACUUGGAAUAUGUCUACUACAAGAAUCGCCAAGCUGUGAUCGCAGAGCCCGCGCCUGGUGUAUACUCGGACCGAAUCCAGCGCGGAGGGCAGCAUAACUACGGCACGAUUCCUUGA